AUGAGUCUCAACUUUGUGCCCGGCGAGCCCAACCGCACGCCGCACAGCAGCGCGUUCGUCAAUUGGAACGACGUCCAGAUCCUCGCGUACUGCUCGGGCAACAGUCUGGUCAUUGUGACGAAAAACUUCCAGCAUCUCCAGACCCUGUACUUGUCCAGGGACUCGUACGUUGUGGACAUCAACCGAGUAAACGGCAAGAUCGCGGUGGGGGUUGGCUCUUCCGUGCAGAUAUACACUCCCACCGUGUCCAACUUCUACAAUUACAACUUCCGCGGCCGCAAAGACGUGGCCGAGCUCGAGAUCGAGUGGAGUCUCGAGUCGGAGAUCACCAAUAACUGCGACAAUUCGCCCGUCACGUGCAUCGCCUGGUCAGACCUGUGCGACACUUACGAGGACGAGGUGUCCACCGCGCAGCUGUUUGGGUUGCCCGAGGAGUAUAACUCGCUCACGAGCUGCGAGCUAUGUGUUGGGUCCGAGCAGUCGUUGGCUCUGUGGAGACUUUACUACACCGCGCAAACGGGCAAACAUACGCCCAAACACCGGCUGUUGUGGCACAAGAAGCAGCCCAACCCGGUGUACAUGGCGCGGUUCUCGCCCAACUCGUCCACGAUCGCCACCACCGGCUACGGCGACCGUCUGGUCAAGGUCUGGCACCGUGUAGCUUUUGGCAUCGAAUCUGCCGAGUUCGAGCUCAACUACGUCGCCGUUGCCGCUCACGUGUCGCUGCUCCAUUGGAAAGCAGGCACGCUCACCAAGGACGACCAUUCCGCGGCCGUGUCGGUGGCCGAUCUAAAGCCGGCAAAUAGCAUCAUCAAGGACGUUUCCAGACGGCCGCUGGAACGAACGUCCGCAGACAACUGCACGCUCUACGUCUACGGGGACGACUCCGCGUUGCGCGUGUUCUCUAUGUACUACCGCGACACAGGGUUCACGGUUGUGUGCAGCGGCCUUGUGCAGCUCCCUGUUGACAGCUUCGUGGCAGUGGUGGACAGUCAGACCGUUGAUUUGGGCAUCCGCAACGUUCUGGACAAACUCGAGCUCCACGAGUCCCAUCCACGCAUAGCAGCCCCGGCACGAGACACAGAGGUUCCCAGAAGCCGCAGCGGGUCUACGCUGAGUCUGUACCACCGCAGACAAAGCCAUCUGGCACAACUGCUGGCUACCAGUCCGGAAAUCUGUCUCGUGUUCGACAGACAAGGCCGUGCAGAAAUAUAUACAUUGGUGGGGUCCGACGGCAAGAUCAACGUCGGCAAGCUCGACGGCGUGGUCAACUCGCACGGCGGACUCACAAGAGCGUCCAUCCAGCUCGGGAAAAACUGUAUUCCCAGCGACUGUCAGGCCGUCUUUGUGCAGGACGUCCAGCUCACUAAAACCCCGGACGACAUGUCGUUGUCGCUGAUCAUCCACGAUCUGUUCAAGAACUCCAUCAGACACGUCGGAGUGUCGUUCUCGUCGCUGUUCCAGUUUGAGGAGCUCGAGAUCGCCAGCUCCAUCUCCACCAAGGUGACCAUUGGCGAGCUCCAGCACAAGUUCACGGGGCUCAACAAGUCCAUCCGCAAACUCAUCCGCUCGGCAGACGGGUCUGUUGUUCUGUCCACCACCCGGUUCGGGGAAAACUGUCUCUGGACAGCUCUUCCCUUGUCGGACUCGCACAAGACGUUGAACAAAAACUCCACGCUUAUCACCCAGUCGCCGAUUUUGGACGCCGCGUUCUGGAAACAGGGCACCUACGUGAUCGCGUACCUGGAAGACUCGCUGGUGUGCUUCGACUGUCGACUGCAGUCGCAAUACCAGGCCCAGAUCGCCAAACUGGCUCCCGUGACAGGAAAGUUCCCUGUCUCCACCAAGCAACAGCCGUCCUGUUUCUUCAUGGUGCCCGAAACAGAAACAGACACCGCCCACGCCGUCGCAGUGUACCCGGACGGAACGUGUUCUGGCUGGGAGUUGGUUCUGAACAACGACAAGUGCGAAAUUAAACAGUACCCGGUGCAACAGCUCCCGUCCACGUAUCUUGCGUCGUACGUGAACCCGGCCGGCUGGAAAGCCCUGAUCGACGAAAACACCCAGCGUGACGUGCUGUCCACGAUCGACCUGAACGGAGACGUGCGCAUCUACUCGACACGGCUGGAAAACGGCGAGAUCUCGUGGAUUCUGAAACGGGAGUUCUCCACUGGCAUUUGCAAAGCCCGGUUCCUCAACGGCUCCUCGAUCCACCGUCUCGCAAUCGUGAGCGAGAACUCCGACCAGCUGUACAUCUGGGACACAAGACUCGGCACUUUGGAGUACUCAGAGACGUUUGAAACAGAGCAGAUCAAAGACAUCGACUGGACGUGCACAAACUUCAACCAGGGAAUUUUGGCCGUUGGUUUCGACUCGCACUCGUUGCUGUACACACAGCUGCGGUACGAUUACACCAACAACACGCCAACGUACGCUAAGAUCAAGAACGUGGACAUCUCGCACCAAACACGGCACAAGAUCGGCGACUCUAUCUGGCUUUCUGACGGUUUGCUGGUAAUCGGGUCGGGCAACCAGUUCUAUAUUAGCGACCAGACUUUGGACCCGAAGAAAGACUAUGUGACUGCACGGGCAAUGGGAACGUUGGAAAUCGCAUCGAACGACAUUUUCCAGCUAUGUGCAGCUUUGAACGGUCCGCUGCCGUUGUACCAUCCGCAAUUCAUCAUCCAGGCGUUGUUGCUUGGCGAUUUCAGCAUUAUCAAAAAGAUAAUCUGCGGAGUGUCCAAGUCUCUAAGAGACCUGGAGUUUGGCACAGCAGUUUCUGUGGAUCCAAAGCUGGGCAUCAACACCAGCGAACUGCAACAAUUGGCAGCCUUUGACGAAGAGGAAACCACCAUUAGCAAACAGAUGUGCGACACCAUAGUGGAAAGACUGGCCAAACACAAACUGCCGUUUUUGACCGGCCACCAGCAGAUCACUCUGUCCUCAACAGUUCAGAUCGUGUCGGACAUCGCCGAGACGUACGGCAGCAUUUUGGACACCAACGGCAGACGGUUCUAUCUUGGGAUGAAGCUUUUCCAGCUGAACCUGACCAAGGGAGUCCAGUUCAAGUCAAUUAGCAUGCGCGACGUCACGUUUGCUCUUCAUAGCGACAACAAGGACCUGUUGUUCAACAUCAUCAACGAGAACAGUGGGGGCCAGAUCGGGGCUCCAGAAUUCUCCAGGAACGCUCUGGCGUACUGGAUCGAGCACACGAAAUUGGCAGAAGUCAUGGAGACUGUGGCCCGGACAGAGUUUCUCAAGACCCAGGACACGGGAAGAUACAAAGACCCGAGUGUUUGCUCGUUGCAUUUCCUGGCUCUUCAUAAACGAAACGUUCUUGUUGGUCUUUGGAGAACGUCGUACGGCCACCCAGAACAGCAAAAGAUGAUCCGGUUCCUUGGCAACGACUUCAAACAGGACAGAUGGAGAUCUGCAGCGAUGAAGAACGCUUUUGUGCUGCUGGGAAAACAUCGGUACAUUGAUGCGGCGUACUUCUUCCUGUUGGCGGACUCUCUCAAAGACUGCGUGAACGUGGUGAUCAGCAAGCUUCAUGACACGGCAUUGGCAGUGGCAAUUGCACGAUGCUACGAGAAGGGAGACCACGGACCGGUGAUGAAGAACAUUGUUCUCAAACACAUUUUACCAACAGCGCUGCGGUCAUACGACAGAUGGAGCGCAAGCUGGUGUUUCUGGAUUCUGGGUGAUCGCGGACUGUCCAUUCAAGCGUUGAUCAAGCCGACAAAGAGCAUUCUGGAGGACUCGCGCAAGUUUGGCGACGUGGACUCCAAAUUGGCAGACGAGCUACCAGUGAGGAAACUGGACUAUGAGGACCCUGUUUUGUUGGUGAUGUACAACAGUCUGCGUAACAGACGGGUCGAGUAUCUGCGUGGAACAUUGGACCUGGACUCGCAGACGGAAUUCGAGUUUGUUCUGGCUGCUGCGCUGAUGUAUGGCAAGAUGGGGUGCGAUUAUCUCUCAUUGUACUUGGUGAGCAACUGGGAGUUUUCCGAGAAAAAAGAGAUUGUCGAGCCAACCACAGGAAAGGAGGUGCAACCGCCACCUCCUUCGCAGUUCCAGGAACCAGACAUGUCUGCUUUCGACUUUGGUUUCUAA